GUGACAUCAUCACGAGCGAAGCCCCUGAAACUAGCGGAAGCAGAGGGACUUUUCGCUUCCCACCAUCUACAAUCAAAGCAGGCCGCUAUUAAUUAAAUAUCCGACAGAGCGCUCUGAGUCGCGCGGUUUUCUGCACAGUCAUCAAGAAUCACCGAAAAUGACGGUGGCAGUGUUUUUUGGCUGUACCUUCAUUGCCUUCGGCCCUGCAAUCGCUCUGUUCCUGUUUACCAUCGCCCGGGAGCCUCUGCGGGUCAUCUUCCUCAUAGCAGGAGCGUUUUUCUGGCUUGUCUCUCUCCUAUUGUCCUCUCUGGUUUGGUUUAUCUCCGUUCAGGUAAGUAAUAAGGACAGUGCGGUUCAGCAGAAAGGACUCCUCAUAUUUGGCGUGGUGCUGUCCGUCCUCCUGCAGGAGACCUUCCGCUUCGCUUAUUAUAAACUGCUGAAGAAAGCAAACGAAGGCCUCCUCACCCUCAGUCAGGAGGAAACCAUGCCCAUCUCUAUCCGACAACUGGCCUACGUGUCUGGCCUUGGCUUUGGAUUCAUGAGUGGCGCGUUCUCCGUGGUGAACAUUCUGGCUGACUCUGUUGGCCCGGGCACCAUCGGGAUCCAUGGAGACUCGCAGCACUACUUUUUGUCUUCAGCAUUCAUGACGAUGGCCAUUAUCCUUCUCCACAUGUUCUGGGGUGUGGUCUUCUUUGAUGCCUGUGAAAAGCAGCAAUGGUGGGCAGUUGCUACCGUUGUCAUCAGUCACUUGGUCGUUUCCUGUCUGACCUUCCAGAACCCGGAGUAUGUUGCCAGCCUGGUUCCCACCUACAUGAUCUUGUUCCUAAUGGGGGUCUGGGCCUUUUACUCCGCUGGCGGCUCCCUCAGGAGCCUCAAACUUUGCCUGACCUGCAAGGACAAAGAUUUCCUGCUUGCCAGCCACCGAUCCAGAUAACGCAACACUCCAGGGAGCUCGCAGGACUCUCCAUCCAAAAAUCUCUCUCACAUGCACUGAGCACCAUGCGUGCGUGGGUGCUCGUCCUCUAUUUAUCUGAAUUUUGAAUUGGAAUCCAAGGGUAGUUUUGUUUGUUUGUUUUGUUUUAAAAAGACCUCUAAAAGCACUGACUGCUUUGCAGAGGAAAAAUAACAUUUUGAGAGAUUCACAUCCAGUUUCGGUAAAGCUCAGUUUGCUUAUGACAGAGAGUCUUUGAUAUCAAAUGUAGUUCUGCUCACAAAUACGAACUCCUGUACUGAAAAAUGCCCCAUUUUUUUUUUUUUUUUUUUUUUCAUUUGCUUUCAUGUUACAGGACGUUUCAAUGUUGAUUCUCACUCCUCCAACACUACGAAGUAAUAUUGUCCAACGUUUCGAUAGCUUGUGUUUUUGGAAUGAGUCAUGUUUUUUAAAGGAUGACUUUUGAAUCAUGAAAAACAAUCUUAUCUAAUGGACAUCAUCCCCACUCAGUAAAUGCUUGACAACAUCCAGCAGUUUACACACGUGGAUAAAAUUGUUGGUACCCCUCUGUUAAUGAAAGAAAUAUCCCUCAUUCAUUCAUUCUCUUCCGCUUUUCUGAGGUCUGGUCGCUUGAGCAGAGAUGCCCAGACUUCCCCUCUCCCCAGCCACUUCCGGGGGGGGGGGGGGGGGGGGAAUCCCGAGCUUGGACACAUAGUCUCUCCAGCGUGUCCUGGGCAGCCUCCCGGUGGAACGUGCCCGGAUCACCUCACCGGGGAGGCGUGCGGGAGGCAUCCUAAUCCGAUUAUCUCAGAGCCACCUCAUCUGGACCUUCUCGUACUCAGAGGAACAGCGGCUCGUCUCCGAGCCCCUCCUGGACGACCCGGAUCCUCACCUUAUCUCUCAGGGAGAGCCCGGACUCCGUGCGGCGGAAACUCAUUUCGGGCCGCUUGCGUCUGUGAUCUUGUUCUUUCAGCUCGUGACCGAGGUUAUAGCUAAAUUGAGAUCUUAGCCUCUUGGCUUAGCUCCUUCUUCACCACGACAGGGUCUGCAUAUGCUGCACCCAUCCGCCUGUCGAGCUCCUGCUCUAUUCUUCCCUCACUCGUCAACGAGAUCCCGCUUGAGGCAGAUUCUUCUUCCUGACCCAGAGAGGGCACUCCACCCUUUUUCGACGGAAGACUAUGGCCUCAGAUUUGGAGGUGCUGAUUUUCAUCCCAGUGCGAGAAGUGCGAUUCCCCCGAUCGUUGGAACACUCUCUGGUCCCCCUUCUUAAAAAGAACCCAGUCUGCCAAUCCAGACAGCGAUUUUGAGUUGUGGUUCAAAAGAAUGCCAUCCAUUUUCUGUACCGCUUCUCCUCACUAAGGUUGCGGGCGUGCUGGAGCCUAGCCCAGCUAUCUUUAGGCAAGAGGCGGGGUACACACUGAACUACUCGCCAGCCAAUCGCAGGGCACAUAGAAACUAACAAACAUUCACACCAAGGGGCAAUUUAGUCUUCAGUCAACCUACCACGCAUGUUUUUGGGAUGCGGGAGGAAAGCGGAGUGCCCGGAGAAAACCCACGCAGGCGCGGGGAGAACAUGCAAACUCCACACAGGUUGGGGCCUGGAUUUGAACCCCGGUCCUGAGAACUGUGAUGCAGAUGUGCUAACCAGUCGUCCACCGUUCAACAAAAUUAUUUUACAUGAAACAGGCCUUGUUUUGAUUCAGAUUUAUUAAAAAAGAACAACUGAAACAUCCCACAGUCCUAAAUAUUCCGAGCCUUUGCUCAGUAUUGAGUAGAAGCCCCCUUUUGAGCUAAAACAGCCAUGAGUCUUUUUGAGAGUGAUGCAACAAGUUUUUCACACCAGGAUUUGGGGAUCCUCUGCCAAGUAUUUCAGAGCCCUCUGGUGCUGUCCAGUUCUUCUGCUCAUCCUUGAGAUGGUUCUCCACCUCCAUCGGAGUCCAGCUGUGUUUGAUGAUACUGAUUGGACUGGAUUAGGAAAGCCACACACCUGUCUAUAGAAGACCUUAAGGUCUCUUUAUACCCCCGCGGCCGACGACGCCCACAUUGCAUCACGUGACCCACGAAUUGACCCACGUGGCCCCUCUGCGUAGCUUGCCGCGCAAACGGCAAAAAUAGUUGCUGAACGUCGAACGCCGCUGAGAUCAUCUCUCGUGAUUGGUCCGUUUCAGUCACACGCUGUGAUGACGUACUCGGCGUGCGCCUUGGUUCUACAUACCAUCUAUGCCGCUAUAUUUUUCAGCUGCAGGGACGAGACGACCGGUUGCAAUCGAAGGAAAGAUGAAUGCGGCCAAGUACAGGGAUAUCCUGGACGAAAACCUUCUCCAGAGGGCUCAGAAGGUUCACCUUGCAACAAGACAGCUAAAAUAACGAAGGAGUGGCUUCGGAACAACUCCGUGACGGUUCUCGAAUGGCCCAGCCAGAGCCCUGACUUAAACCCAAUUGAGCAUCUCUGGAAAGACCUGAAAAUGGCUGCCCACCAACGUUCACCAUCCGACCUGACAGAACUGGAGAGGAUCGGCAAGGAGGAAUGGCAGAAGAUCCCCAAAUCCAGGUGUGAAAAAAAAAAAAUCCCCAAAAGACUCAUGGCUGUUUUAGCUCAAAAGGGGGCUUCGACGAAAUUCUGCUCCUAACCAUUCUUGGGUGUUUUGAGCUUUUUGUUUUGGGUCAUUAUCCUGUUGCAAGACCCCUGACCUGCAAAUGAUAGGAAGCUUUGCGACACAUUUCUCCCGAGAACUAACUUGCCAUUUUAUUGUACCCGGCACAGUUUCAAGACAGCCUGCGCCGCAUGCAGCAAAGCAGCAUCAGAACGUGUUUUAUAACCGGGACCGUGUCCUUGGUAUGCUUCAUGUUUGCGUCUGUGAACGUAGAGAUGAUGUGGCUUGUCAACAUACAUUUGGGCAAAUUCCAGUCUCACUUGUGGAGGAUAUUUUUUUCAUCAGCGGUGUCCUCCUCGGUCGUCUCCCGGGAGUUCACCUUGAAUUUCUUUCUGGACUCUUUCUUUCCCAUUUUCCUCCUGCGGUCACGUCCAGGGAGGUCGUCUACAGUCCCGCAGGUCUUCUAUUUCUGAACAAUAUGUUGACCUUGAACAUGCCGGUCUGCAUCAUAACGUGCUGAGACAGCUCUAUCCUUUGCUUCCUCUUCGUCUGGGCCGGCCGGCCACGUUUGGUGGAGGGCGCGCCAUAUCACCAAACGGCACAGUGAUUGCUUGUCACCCUUGAAAUAGGCCAGCUGAUCGAUUUCACGUUUGAAGACUCCUGCGAUGCCAAUUAGAGGCCACGCCUUGUUUGCACAUGACCCUGUGGUUAAUCAUUGACUUUUCUCUCGGGGUGUUUCGUGAGUUGGUUUUCCAAAGUAAUUAAUUAUGUUGAACCGCAAUUCAAAAACAAUAUCUGAUUUUCAGUUGAAUUUACAUUCUGUGACCACUGUGGGUUUUUCUUUCCUUCACGCAGGGGUACCAACGAUUUUUGGGGUUUUUAACCCGCUGAUGAUGGUCACAGCUGCUUCAUAGGAAUCUCAACCUUUUCGUUUAUCUUGAUACAGAAUGACAGAUGGGACAGCUUAUUCCAAACGCUUUGUGAUCAGCGAGAAUUCAAUGAGCUGUGAACGAUUUGUCAUUUUUGGAAUGUUUUGUUUCUUUUUUGCCUUUAGGAUUUUGUUGCUUGCGGUGAUCUCAGCAUGUCCUAUUUUAGAAAUUUGACUCACUGUUUUUUGCAGCCUUCCUUUUAUUUUCUGCAUCAGGCGAGCUAUGCUGGAACCUUCAAUAUGAGACAAUUAGACAAGUGUGCCAAUCUUGCGUCUUUUGUCAAGUAAAAAAAAAAAAAGCAAAAUUCAGCUAAAAGUUUGGAUGGUUUACAGCGAAAUAAUUCUCUCCAAUAAAUUUGCUGUAUUCUGUUUUGAAA